AUGAAAUCUAUACAGUUUGUGCUUCUAGUUAGUCGGCAAGGAAAGGUUAGGCUCACCAAAUGGUAUUCGCCUUAUACACAGAAGGAGAGAUCAAAGGUGAUACGUGAGCUCAGCGGAGUGAUUCUGAAUCGAGGUCCCAAGCUCUGCAAUUUCGUCGAGUGGAGAGGGUACAAAGUUGUUUACAAAAGAUACGCAAGCCUCUACUUCUGCAUGUGCAUUGACCAGGAGGACAACGAGUUAGAGGUCCUUGAGAUCAUUCAUCACUACGUUGAGAUUCUCGACCGCUACUUCGGAAGCGUGUGUGAACUCGAUUUGAUUUUUAACUUCCAUAAGGCGUAUUACAUAUUGGAUGAGCUCUUGAUUGCCGGGGAGCUCCAAGAAUCAAGCAAGAAAACAGUAGCCAGGAUUAUCUCUGCCCAGGAUCAACUGGUGGAAGCUGCAAAAGAGGAGGCCGAUAUGGCGGACGACGGCGCUGUAGGAGACCGCCGCCACCGCUGCUACGAUGCAGGUGGUCGCCGUAAAACGGAAGGACCAGUGGUAGUAGACUCGAUCAACAGUCUACCUGAUGUGAUCCUACAACAAAUCCUCACCUUUGUUCCGGCGAAAUUGGCCAUCACAACUUCCCUCUUGUCAAAACGAUGGAGGCACGUAUGGUGCGAUACGCCUUCUCUCUCCUUCGAUACUACUCCAAUGAAGGUUGCUUGGAUCAACGAAACCCUAGCUCGCUACACUGCUCCCAAGAUCAUGCGUUUUCACCUCAAUACCACCAGUAUCUGCGAUUUACAACUCCAUACCAUCUAUAUCCUCGAUUUACAACUCCAAACCAUCAAUAUCUUCGAAAGGUGGAUCGAGUUCGUCAUGUCCCGCCACGUAGAGGAUCUGUCCCUAGAAUUAUGGGUUGGCCUUUAUGUUCUUCCUCAUUUCAUCUACACCAGUUCCUCUGUCAAGCAACUCACCGUUACGUAUUGUUAUAUGGCUCCCAGCUACGUGUCUUGGACAUCUCUUAAGAACCUGUCCCUGCUUAGUUGUACUCUCUCGGAUGAAUCCAUGGCUAAGAUUCUAUCGGGCUGUCCCAUUCUUGAGAGCUUAACUUUGUAUAACUGCUAUGAACUUAGGAUUCUUGAUCUCGGCAAAUCACUGCGUCUGAGAACAUUAGCAGUAGAGCGCAACAAUGGGUUUCAGGGGCCAACGCAGAUUGUGGCACCGUAUGUACAUUGUCUCAAUUUGAGAGACUCUCAUGAGCCAUCAUGUACUUUAGCUGAUGUCUCGUCUUUAACCGAAGCUAAUCUGAACAUUUGCUAUAACUCGGAUAAUUCUCUUAAAGUCAAAGUGGUAAAGAUGUUAGAAGAGCUACAACAUGUAGAGAAGCUUACUCUCGGAGGAAACUUUCUUCAGAUUCUAUCUAUUGCCGAGCUUCUUGGUGGUCACUUUCCGGUGUUGAAAGUCAGAGCUUUGACACUUGAGACAGAGAUGGUUCAGUAUGUUAUUCCUGGUCUAGAAAGGGUGUUACAAAACUCACCCGAUUUAAUGAAGCUAACCGUACACACAAGCCACUGCAACACCAUACCGGGGAGGUAUCUUGACAAGUACUUGGAUUUGGAAGACUUGAAUCCGGCUCGACGUUGGAGAUCAAAAGAUGGGGUUCGAUGGAACAGGUCUCGUUCGGAUAUACAGUUUAAGCACUUGGCUUCAUUCGUGAAACUUAUGGUUAAAAACACAAACGCAUUAGAAAAGCUGUUCCUGCUAUUGGACGACCCUUACCAUAGGUUUAAAGAGAUGGUUCCAACACUUUGUCACAACAACAAAGUCUCUAUUGCCUUCACGAAUUAG